CCAACUUAAAUCAUGUACUGCAGCGGAACUGAUUACAUUAGAUAGAUGAUAACCAUUAGUUAGGAAACAAUUUUGUCCUAUUACUUUACUCAAGAGAAUUUUUAAGGAUAGAAAAUUGUAUUGUUACAUAAGAUUCGAAUACAUAAAUAAUAGUACCUAUUGUUGGUCCAAGCAAAUGCGAUCAUGUCGUUCAUCGCUCGGUUUGUGUUCUUGUUAACUUUUCUAAAUUUAUCUAAAAGUUCCACCAAUGAUAUGCAACACCGUUUAACAGCGGAUAAAUCACAAGGAUUUUUUUUAGGAGAAGUACUUUUAGAUGCUCUUGUUAAUCCAAUGGGUACAGCCCAAAAUGAUCGAUCGGUUAUAAAUAAUAUUUUCGAUCCGAAUUUGAUAGCCGAAGAUGUUACAUUCGAGCUCUAUACAAGAAAUAAUCCUGUUCAAGCAUAUUUUUUGAAGGUGGAUGAUAUAAUAGGACUAAAAGAAUCUCCAUUUGAAUCUGAAAAUCCUACAAAGAUACUCAUUCAUGGAUGGACCGAUAGUGCAAACACUUAUUGGCUGCAAGAUUUUCGACAAAAUUACCUAACAGUGGGAAAUUAUAAUGUUAUUAGCGUCAAUUGGUUCCCUGCAUCGCUGAAAGAGUAUUGGAUCGCUGCAAAACUAACUCGCCAGGUCGGCAAAUAUAUAGCAGAAAUGUUGAAUUUUCUUGUCUCACAAACUGAUCUCUCGCUGGACGAUAUACAUAUAUUAGGACAUAGUUUAGGAGCUCAUGUCGCUGGAUUUGCUGGGAUGGAAGUAUCCGGAACAAUUGGAAGAAUAACUGGCAUGGAUCCAGCUCGACCAGGUUUCGAAUCUUCGAGUUUGAACGAUUUAAGAAUACGUUUAGAUUCUAGAGAUGCCAAAUUUGUGGAUAUCAUACAUACUUGCGCAGGGACACUUGGCUUCAUUAGAUCGAUUGGUCAUGCAGAUUUCUAUCCAAACGGAGGAACGUUCAGGCAGCCUGGAUGUCCUGUCUUCUCAGCACAAUACUGCAGUCAUGCUAGAGCUCACGAUUUUAUGGGCGAAUCUAUUAUCAAUCCAUUAACUUUCGGUGCUGUUCAAUGCAAUAGUUGGAUAGAAUUCAAAGCAGCCAAGUGCAGAGAUAACUCUACUAUAGUGUUCAUGGGUGAAAACGUUAGUCGGAAUGCUCGUGGUUCAUUUUUCUUGGAAACUAAUCCACAACCACCAUUCGGAAAAAAUGAGAUAUAAAGUUAGAACGCCAAGGAAGAUUCUCAUACUACUCUCAAUAUGUUCUCGCAUCUAUAAGGUGGUAAAAAUGUAUAUAUAUUUAAGAAAUACGACUACAUUUGUGGUACAGAAACCCACUGAUUGGAAAGUAAUACCUUGUUACUUUGAAAGUAUCACUUGAAAUAAUUUGAAAGUAUACUUGAAAGUAA